GUGGUGUUUAUAACCCUCAUUAGGCAUGGUUCCAGUAGGUUAAUGUUUAUCUGCUCCAGAAAGUCUUAUUCUAAUGGCAGUAGCUUCCUACAGAGACUAGACAAGAUGUGUGAGUGUGUUUACACACCUGUGUCAGCAGUGGGGGCAACAUGGUGUAUGUGGUAUAUCUGGCAGAUCAGUUGAAGCAUAAAGUGUCUGUUUCUUGGAUGAUCUCUGAUAUCUCUUAUUCCACCUGACACCUGAGGUAAAGUCUCGCUGCUGUUCUUCCUAAUCACAGGACCCUGAUUGGCCAAGACCCUGUUUUGCAUGAACCAAUCCCUGUGAGGACAGAGCAAGCCCCUACCAUAUGUCAUGCCCUUUCGCUUUUUAAUGAUCAAGCACCUCCUUAAAAAUGCUGCUCGGCACUCUCGACCUUCACCGGCUCUUCAGGGGAGAGGAGAGUUUGGGUGCAGAUUCCGCUGCCCCCCUCCAGCCCACCACCAGUUUAGAGCAUUUCUGCUGAGUCAGGAGCUCCUGAAAGCAGAACAAUGGCUAAACUCAAGCUGUCCUUCUUGUUCACUGGAAUUGUGCUCGCUGCUGUCUUCAUGCCAGAUUUUCUGGGGGCUGGUCCAGUGGGGCACCAGGAGAAAGAGGAAGGUUCAGUUGCUGAAGCCGCUGCUGAGGAGAAGCCAGCAAGCUCAUCUGCUCUGAAGAAGUUGGGACGUCACAGGAGGAACAUUGCCUAUUACAAAAACGUACCUGAUUUCUGGGUCUGGUACAAGUACUAUGUGGACACCCACAACCAGGAGGGAAUUGAGAAUAUGGAUCAACUCUACCGGACUUACCUCCAGAACAAGCACAGAGUGGAGGAGGGUCGUUCCUACAACCAUUACCUCAGCCACCUUAGUGAGAUCUACAAGGCUUGUGCCAACUCUGAUGACCCAGACUGCAUCGCUGAAUCAACCAGCAAGCCUACGGCUAAAGUCGUUAUGCCUGCUCACUUCAGGCAAGCGAAGGUGCAGGUGUGCAACCCGUACCUUGAUCCCUAUUGCCUCUAUGGUUAUUACGGACAGGCGCCGUCCGAGGGGCCUUCUCCUGCUCCCAUUAAAACAGCAGCUCCCAUCCUUAGUCCCUUUCUCCCUUUGCCCUUGAAGGCCCCAUUAGGCUACUACUAUGCUCCUGUGAUGGAGUCUUUCUUGUCAGCCGAGCAGAAGGCUGAACUUCUGCGGAUUUGCGACCCUUCCGACACAGAGUGCCUUCAAUACCACUUGCGUGCGGCCUACGGCUACAAGCCUGCUCUGGGCCCAGCACCUUCCUAUGCUCACUUAAGCUGUGACCCCAGAGUAGACCCCUAUUGUCGGCCCACUCUGGUAGCCAAAGGUCCCUCAGGUCUGUACCAUUUGUAUCCCCACUGUGAUCCUGCAGUUGACCCUCUUUGUGUCACCAACGUAGCUCCAGCUGCCCAGUCAGCAGGCACUGAAGAGGCUUCCAGUCAUUACUGCAACCCACUCUUCGACAAAGACUGCAACCCUCUCAGUGCUGCCAAGCUGGCUGCGCUUACCAAGCCUGUGCUGGAGUACGCCCCCAAAGAUCAGCCAGCUCCUCUCAACUUGGCCUGCGACCCACGCUACGACCCAUACUGCUUGAUUGGGGGAACAGCUGCCCUGUUGAAAUCCCCACCACUUCUUCCCCAGUUCCAGUCCCGCUCUCAACUUGGUGUCAGAGGCAAGACCAAGGAAGGCUACGACUGCUACGUCUACUACGAUAAAGACUGCACACCUCUGGAAGCACACGAAUUGAAGGCAAGUCCUGUGAGCACAAAGCCAGACUGCCAUCCGUAUGAUCCCAACUGUGGCAAGAUUGCACCCCAGGGCUUUGCUGCUGGAGUGGCAGCAGCCAACACAGUCCGUGACGGAAUAAUCCAACCCCAUCCAGACUGCGAUCCUGAGAUUGACUUCAACUGUCGCCUGCGUCGUGCUGGACCCGCAGCCAAUGGGAUGCAAGGUGAUGAACCCCAAGAUGAGCCGGCCAAGCAAGAAAGCGACCAGGAAGAGCCCAGAACCAGCGAUACAGCUUCAGAGAAUGUCCUGAGGGCAUAUUUGAGUCAGUACAAGAAAUAAGAAGCUAUUCUCACAACUUUUGGGAGAAGCUUAGGAAAUUCAGCCCAAAUGGGAUACUUUUUCACAAACUUUCGCAAAAAAAACAACAACCCACAGUUCUCAGGGCAGCAGAGACCUGGUGACCAAGCCAGCACUUACAGUCCAGUGAAGUGUAAGAGACCAGUGCAAGCAGAUGAAUCAAAAGAUGUACCAUUUCAAAAGAGACAGUUAUCCAUUAAACAAACAUUACUAGCAUGUAAUGUACUGUCUGCCCUGUGUUCGGAUCCUCAACCCCAUCGUUACACCAUGUGUUAAUAUUAACCUUGAAAUUCUUUUGUCAAAGUAAAAACAAAAAACGGAUGUAUUUAUGUAUGUUACAGAUUAGAUGUAGUUGAGUAUGGGUUAGUAUGCAUUUAUUUUAUAGGCAUAAUAGUACCUAGCUGUUAUGUAUGUUAUUACUUUUUAUGGCGUGUUAUGUGGUUUCCCAAAUCAUAUUUUUCUGGUUUUCUGUGCAGUGUUCAUCUGAUGUAUUGCUAAAAUAAACAACAAACACAACUCUG